UGCUCUCUGACUCCACUGGCCUUAUAAGGCAUCCAGUGCCAUGGCAACAGCAGGGCUUGAAUAGCAGUGUCAAAUCCCUCGGCACACAGACACACGCUCACUCUCCCUAAAGGAGGGAGCGAAGCAGAGAAAGAGGAGGCUAUCUCCGAGCUAUGCUCCACUGCUGCUCCUGGCUCUCACCAAAGGCUCUGUGACUGGGUUUUUCCGGUGCUUGUUUUGCCUAAUUUAUUCCUGCCCAGGCCGGCUGAGUGAAAAGACGAAAGAAGGACGAGCGGAAUAGUAAAGAGAGCAACAGUGCGCCCUGACUUACUGACGGGGACCGUGGAGGGGUUCUGGCCUCUGGCUGAAACGGCGCGAUGGACAGGCUCUGACAAAUCAAGAAAUGGAAAAUAGAGGCUGACUUUGGGAGGCUCGGGAAGAGGAGAGGCAACUGUGACGAAAGAGAUUUCUCAACUCUGCUUUUGUUUUGGGCUGUUCUUUUUCUUUUUUUUUUCUCUCGCUGACAUUUGAUCCUCUGACCCCACCAGCUCUGGAAGAGUUGGAGGGAGCACAGAAAAACAGAUUGCCAUCACAGAGGACAGAGCAGAAUGACUUCUUUGGUGAACUUUACUGCUGAGAUCUAUAUUCACAGAGAGAAAGAAGAGCUUAAACCUACAUAUUUUAGUGCACAGGUCAAUCAGUAUUUCAAGUGCAGAAUAUGUUUGGGUUUUUUUUUGUUGCCAUCAUCUCUGCAUUUAUAGAAGCCUCGACAAGUCAAGAGUGAGUCUGGACUAGAACAGCCUCAGAUCAGCAGAUAGCACAUCAGCACAGCAAGAACUGGUUGGACUAGUUUAUAAGUUAGAGCGAGGGCAGGGCAGUUUAACCCUGCCUGAAGGAGAGCUGUUUUAUUUUCCUCCCGUCUGCCUAGUCGGAGAAAGUUGUGCCUCUCAAGAGAGACUCUAUUUUGUCCCUUUUCAACAUGCUAUGGGAUAAGUGAGGCUUUUUUUCCUCCUUCAUAGGGGAAUAGGAAGAAAGAAAGUGAGAGGAAGGGAGAAAGAGAGACAGAGUCAAAGUGUAAUUUAUUGUUUCCUGUGAAAAGAGCAGGGCUGCACCCUUUUCUCUUGCCUGAACUCUGAACCACUCAAUGUGCGGCUGAAGUUUUCUCAGAGCUUGGGAGUCAUUGAUCAGAGGUCAGGGCGGAAAACAGAGGGGCGAAACGAGAACAGAGGGAGCAGCGUUAUUAACGAAGAGGAGAAAACAGCAGUGGAAGGACCUUCAGGUCAGCUUAGCCAGACGGUGAAGGGGAGAAAGGUCAACACAGACAAGGCAGGGACUAAUUUCCAUCUGCUUUGAAAGCCUUUUUUGGAAAACAGCUGCCUUUAAUUCAGUGUUGUUUUUUUUAGUCUGGAAAUAGUUUUUGUACUUUGCGGGGACUGUGAAGGCGGUGGGACAAGGUGGGUCUGUGUAUGAUCCACUCACAGGGCAGUGUGUUCCAGAGAAUAUGGCCAUGGUGAGCGGGGGAUGGGGCAACGCUAACGGGGAAACUAAUGGACUCGGGGAUAAGGUUUACCUGAGAAGGGAAGAAGAGGACAGGUCGCCCCAGGCUGGGAGCAGCGAUGUGGACGUCGGGGAUGAGGACAAGGCCUGCGUAGUGGACUGUGUGGUGUGCGGGGAUAAGUCCAGUGGCAAGCACUACGGCGUGUUCACCUGCGAGGGCUGCAAGAGCUUCUUCAAGAGGAGCAUCAGGAGAAACCUCAGCUACUCCUGCAGAUCAAACCGAGAAUGCCAAAUCGACCAGCAUCACCGUAACCAGUGCCAAUACUGUCGUCUGAAGAAAUGUUUCCGUGUUGGGAUGCGCAAAGAAGCUGUCCAGCGCGGUCGCAUUCCUCCGUCUCACUCAGGUAUAAGUCCAAACUCCCUGUCUGGAGGGGUUGGAGUCCCAGGACAGGGUCACCUUGGAGCGGAUUACUUCAACGGGCAGCCGGUGUCGGAGCUCAUCUCCCAGCUUCUGCGGGCCGAGCCGUACCCCAGCAGCCGCUACAGCACCCCCUACGGCCAGGCACAGAUGCAGGCAUCUGCCAGCGGGGCCUCCGUCAUGGGCAUCGACAGCAUCUGCGAGCUGGCCGCCCGCCUCCUCUUCAGCACCAUCGAGUGGGCCAGAAACAUCCCAUACUUCCCAGAACUCCCAGUAUCAGAGCAGGUGGCGCUGCUGAGGCUCAGCUGGAGUGAACUCUUCAUUCUGAACGCAGCCCAGUCUGCCCUGCCUCUGCACAUGGCUCCCCUGCUGGCUGCGGCCGGGUUUCACUCGUCUCCCAUGUCCGCUGAGCGCGUGGUGUCUUUCAUGGACCAGGUCCGGGUUUUCCAGGACCAGGUGGACAAGCUGAACAGGCUGCAGGUGGACUCAGCCGAGUACAGCUGCCUCAAAGCCAUCGCACUCUUUUCCCCCGAUGCUUGUGGUCUGACAGAUCCAGCCCACGUAGAGGCCCUGCAGGAGAAGGCCCAAGUCGCCCUGACCGAGUACGAGCGGUUGCAGUAUCCCAACCAGCCUCAGCGCUUUGGACGCUUACUGCUGCGCCUCCCUGCCCUGCGCGCCGUGCCCGCCAACCUCAUCUCCCAGCUCUUUUUCAUGAGACUGGUGGGGAAGACGCCCAUCGAAACGCUGAUCCGAGACAUGCAGCUAUCAGGGAGCUCCAUCAGCUGGCCCUACGCUCCAGGACAGUGAACCCCUGCGUGGAUCCGGAGAGGGAGAGAGUGAGAUCAGAUCUGAGGAGCCUGAGCUAGCACAGAUUUUAUGGGAAAAAGAAAAACAGAGCGAAUGUCAUGAAGACUGUGAUUUCAGGAGGCUAAGAUCCCUUUCGGGGUUAGCUGUUCCCUAUUUUUUUCUCUAAAGUUUUGAUGAAACGACAUCAAAGCUGCUUUCAGGGGAACACGGGGUCUGAACGUCUUUAUGAAUAGAUACGCUUGCAGCACUUGUCAGGUUUGCUCUAACCUCUGUCUGAUCUCUCUUUAUCGUUCUCUGUGUGAACAGGGCUUUCGUUAGAAUGCAGAAGCUCACAUGAGGUCAUGUGCCUCUACUACCUCCUCCCAUUUGACCCCUAAUGUGACUCAAUUUGAACCCAGGCUACGUGUGUGUGUGUAUGUCCCCUGCUUUGUUGUGUAGUCAAUAGGAAGCCAUUGCAGCCAUGGCCACUUUCACCAGCAAAGCUUUCCGUGAAGUGAGCUGGACCACGACGCACAAUAAUCUGUGUGUGCUUUGUAUUAUACGGAGUCAGCUAUAGGCUGAAUGAACAGACUUUAUCAUCAAACAUUUGUAAAGACGGCAAAACCUCACCUCGUACGGCAUAAAAAAAUAGCAUGCAUGAUGAUUUGUGUUUUCCUCUACAAUUAACCAACAAAGAAACAAACACGCAUACACAACUUGAAACUUUUGGGGAACUAUACUCACCAAGUCUCCAAAUGCUAAGCUAUACCGGUUUUAAAACACAAUGCUGCAGAAGUUGCAACCAAGCAGCAAUAACCUGAAUGUACUCAAACACACCCUGGUUGUUCAGGCAGUCACAUCCCUGUCUAACAUUAUUACCUCAUGUUUUCUACAACACAGACAGAGAUUGUACAGUGAACUACUCAUGUAUUAAACUUAAUCAUAAAGGGAUCAAAAAAAGGCAUCACCAUCACAAACUGAACAGCAGCAUGUUUCUGCUGAAUGUUCAUCUGUCCACCAGACUUGAGCUAAAAUGUGUUUAAAAUCCUUUUAAAAUGUAAAGUUUCUUGUCAGAUUGGUUGUUUUUGUUCAGUCAGUCUUGCUUUUUAAUAAUCUAUUCUGCCUGGACAUAGUCUCCUUUGUGUUUCUAAGAGUUUCUUUUGUUUCCUUUCAAAAUUUUAAUCCCCUUCUAAAAGGCGAAUGGAUGAAAGCAAUUUUCAUGACAUUAACGUGAUUUAUCUUAUCGAGGGACUCUGGUGUUGAGGUGUAAAGGCAAAGGUGUUUCUUGUGAGGAGAGCAAAGGUGCUCAAAAGUUCAAGAGUGGGAGUGCCAUGGUGUGCAUCUCAGUUUAAACAAGUAUCUGAAAAACAGAUAAGAGAAGGGGGUUAGGAUGUUUUUGGUAUUAAUUUUUGUAUUAUUGUUAUUUCACUAAAAGAAACAAGAUCCCCAAUGCUGUUAAACAACUUUGUCACUUUGUGAUUGUUUGUUGGAUUUUAAAUGAUUUGACUGUGUAGCUUCACAUUUAAAAGAAUUGUGUUUCUAUGAACAUGCC